AAAAAAAAAAUACAGAAACGACUGAAUCGUGCGAGUUUAUGAGUUCUGAGCGUGUGAAUCAGUGAGUCCAGAACCAACAACGAUUCUAAUUUUCUCUGCUUUCUCUUCUCUCCUUAGAAAAAACAAAAACUGAAACUGAGACAAAAACAAACUAAAACUUAAAACCAUAACCAUAAUCUUCAUCUAUUUAUCAACAAAACAACCGUCACCGUCAGUUACACUCACCGUCACGGUCGCCGUCGCCGUUACUGCCGAGUCUUAAAUAGCAACUGAAGAAGGAGAUUCUAGAGAAAGAUAAAACAAACCCUAGAAUAAGAAGCGAAAAUGAAAAAUCUACAAAUCUGAAUGGAACGCGUUUUCUCUAAUUAUUCAGGCGGAUCAUCAUCCGGUGGUCACUCUUGUUUCCGGUUACUCCGUUUCUCUCUUUUCUUCGCCGGAGGUUGAAUCGUUAAUUUUAGCUUUGAUUGCUCUAUUACUUAGAGGGAGUGUGUGUUCGUGUAUUUAAUUUGUGGUUAGGGAUGGGGAGUUCUGGAUCGGGUGCGGUCGAUUACGGUACCGGACCGAUCGUGUGGGUAAGGAGAAGGAACGGUUCGUGGUGGCCGGGAAAAAUACUGGGACCUGAUGAUUUAUCAGAGUGUAAUUUGACUUCUCCGAGAACUGGGACUCCGGUCAAACUCCUUGGUAGAGAAGAUGCUAGUGUGGAUUGGUACAAUUUAGAAAAAUCUAAGCGUGUAAAGGCAUUUCGAUGCGGUGAAUUUGAUGAUUGCAUUGAAAGAGCUGAAGCAGCUCAGGGCAUGCCAAUUAAAAAAAGAGAAAAAUACGCACGUAGAGAAGAUGCAAUUCUUCAUGCAUUAGAGCUUGAAAGAGAACUGUUGAGAAAGGAAGGUAAAUAUGUUGCAACUACGACUCAGCACACAAAAAACAAAUCAUCUGGAUCUGCAAAGGAGCCUGCUAUUGCUUUAGAAGGUGUGCCAAGUAACACUGGAAUACCUGGGAAUGCCGAGUUGAAUCAGGGUUUAACCAGAGUAGAUACAGCUAUCAAAGAUGAAAUUGUUGGCGAUUCUUUGAAAGCAAAGGAUGCAAAUCAACCAUUAUCAGAAGAUGAUCAUUCUGAUAUAACACCGCGGAUGAAAGGAUUGCGGGAUUUUGGGCUUAGAGCUGCCUCAUUAAAGCGAAAGAAUGCAUCAUCUGUGGAUUCAGAUGGCUCUGAGAAACUACUGCCGGAUAAUCACAUUCAAGCUCAUGUUGUUGGUGCCCCGAGCAUGGAAAGAACAAUUUAUGUGAAUGGAAAAGAGCAGAUAGGAGCUGUUUCUCAGGCAAAGAGGAGUAAACAUAUAUAUUUUCCAACUGAGAUAAAUGAUUCUGUGGAUAAUAAAGAACUUCCUCCGAACCAGAUUAAGUCGUUUGAAGAUGAUGAUGGCCAUCCCUAUCAUGGUUCAUUGAUUGAACAGAACUCUUCUUCUGGAUUUAUGGAAGAUGUUGAAUCUGAUGAUUCUUCAGAAACUGAUUCUUCUGAGUCUGAGUCGGAUUCAUCAGAGACUGAACCAGAUGUGGAUGAUGAAUUGACUGUUUAUCCAGGUGCUGGUAUACACUCAGAAGCUGAACGAGAUGUCUUGAGACAGCCUGAAGCGCAAGAACAUGAAAGUACAAGCAGUGAUGAGCACGAUGAAUUGGCAUUUUCUGGUCAAAUGCAUCAUCUAUAUCCUGAUGACCCUUUUCUUACUAGUGAGCCUGUGUCUAAAUGGCAAUUGAAAGGGAAAAGGAAUAUUCGACAUCUAACAAGGAAGUCUGUAGAGAGAUUGGAUGGAAAAGUUCUAACUGGUUCUCGUUAUGGAAGUUAUCAUAGGAAAAAGGGUAAUAUUUUAGGGCAAAGGGCAUAUGGUUUUGAUGAUGCUGAUUUCGAUAGAGAUUAUUUUGGGAGCCAAAUAGUUGGUCGAAAUAAUGGGCGUUAUUCAUAUAAAUCUAGGUUUGUGUCCAAAGGCAGAAAUACUGGCCGUAGUGGUAUUAAUUGGAAGGACUUGACUUGGGAGGAUCGACCAGAUUUUCGAGCUCGCUGGGAGAGGGCGGAACAUUUUAAUCCAAUGAUUCUUGGCAGGCGUCAUUUUGGUGGGAGGACAAGAACCAUGUUGAUAGAUGUGGAUUUAAAGGUCCAAGCAAGCUAUCAAAAGGAACCUGUUCCUAUUGUUUCUCUUAUGAGCAAGUUAAAUGGGAAGGCAGUAAUAGGGCAUCCAAUCCAAAUUGAAGCCCUGGAAGAUGGUUCAUCAGAAAACGUCAUUUCUACAAAUGACUGUCACGGGAAUGAAGUAGCUGACCAUGAUGCAAAUGCAUCAGUUCCACCAGCUUGGAGGACUGCUAGAAGGACUAAUUUGAGGGUUCCACGCCCUCAUUUACCAUCGGUGUUGGGCGGUGAGGAUGUUGCUGAGGAUUCCGCUUAUAUAGAUCAAGAAGGAAGAUUGACAUUUAAGAAGUCAAGCUUAGAGAGUUUCACCAACAAGGCAGGCUUGCUAGGGAAGAACCUUCCUCACAUUUCUCGGCCUACAGUAGAUAGUAAACUUUCUAGUUCGAGAAAAUUGUCCAAGAAAUCAAGCUUAUCCUCAAAUCAAAAAACAAGAACCCUUUCUUCAAUUAGUGUUCAGCAGAAUUUCGGAGUUAAGCCUAUACAUUAUAGCAGUUUUAGCCAAAUGGAUGGGAUUAUCAAACCUGAGACGUCUGGGCCGACAACUGUUGCGUGUAUACCUGUCAAAUUAGUUUUCAGUAGAUUACUCGAGAAGAUCAACAGACCUCCAUCAAAAGCUGCUUGUAAAGUGGUAAUGUCAAAUAGGGACUCCGAGAGGAAACCAUCAUAGAUUAGGUGUACAUCGCUAUAUGGGCUCGCUAAUACUGCAGGUGCAUUGACUAUGACUAAUUUUCUCUUUCUGACAGCAAUAUAUUCUGCUUCACAUUUCAUACAUAACAGGCACUGCUGCCUGGCUUAGGAUUAUAUUACCAGUUCUAUAACAUUAAAUGAAGCAGGAACCUUAUUUGAAAUUAAGGUUGUUCUGACAAUAAAAUUGCUGGAUUUGGUGUGCAAGAAAGGAAGAGAUUUGAAACAGAAAAAAAGAAAAGGUAAUUUCUAGAUAUUAUAAGUAGCCAAGUAGGUGCAGGUAGUUAGUUUGAAUAGAUGUGUAUAUUUCUAUUUCUACAUAGCUCAUGUUAUCUGUUAUUUUUUUUCAUUUAUUCUAUGAAAACAGUAUAGAGAAACCUCGGACAGUGAGGAUCAGGGCAGAAAUUUCUAUUUUUUGUAUUUAUAGCUUCAUUUGAGCAAUCAUUAGAUGUAAUAGUGAGAGCUGCGGCUCAUUUGGCUGCUGUGCUUCUGUAAAAUAAGGACAAUGUUUAGGUAUAUAUAUGCACGAAGUGCUGAACUCCUGAAAAAAAGUGACAUGUUACAAGUGAAGCAUUGUUUUUAUGUUAUAGGUUUGUGUUUGUAUUGCA